AUGGAGCCCCCUACGAAAAGGCCGCGCCUCUCGGUAACCUCCGAUCCUCCCGAGGAAGAAGUCUCAGACGACUGGGAUCUACAAACAGCACGCGCCCAAAAUGAUAUGAAGUUGAAGUCUAUAUUCGAGAACAUCUUUGCGAAAUACGGCCAGGACUUUACAGAAGUCGGCGAUGAGAUCGACCUGGAAACAGGGGAUAUUGUGGUCGACAAUGGUCAUUUAUUGGGCCUGCAAGAAGAGGAUCGCAACCAUCAGAGCCGAGCAUGGCACGCCGAGGAGGGCGCGGAAGGCGAGGAAGACGAGGAUCCUGAAUCUGAGAAUGAAAAGGAGCCUGUCGGAUCACUGCCUGAUCCCGAUAACCUUGUGUUUGAAGAUCCAGGAGGGCACCCGGGUGAUUCCUUCAAGUUCACGCGACCGGAAUCCAAAGGUCCCAUGCCCGACGAGGAUCAUUCCCUUUCAAGAGAGUCUGCAUUGACCUCGACCUCUGACAACCCACAACUCAAACCGACCCCAGAACAACUGGACCUGAAACCUUUUCCAGAGGAACUGGGCCCAAUAGACCCUGUAUGGAAAGUCCCUGAACUUCCCCGCUCCUUCUCGACGCCUAGAACCGAGACUAGGUUCACCAAAGUGCCAAUUACUCCACGGCUGCCGACGGUGGACAGAAAAUCAUCGCCACCAGGAUCCAGAUCCCUUUGGAGUGUUCCAAGGCAACGUCGGCCGCGCACAGAGGGGAAGCCCAGAGCGACGCCGAGCAAAACCCGACCCCGGGCGAAACGAAAGUAUCAUUCCAGCCCCGUGGCGCUGGAGGCGCUUGACUGGUCUUUCGCGGAUAUCGCUGAAGAAGGCGACGAAUCGGACGACCCGCUGCAGGAGUAUCAGCCAUCUCCCACCCCAUCCAACGCAGCGAACAUUCGCCGGAAGCGAAUGCGCAUAACGGCCCAUGAUGGCUCUAACCAAGAAAUUCGAUUCGCAUUAAAUCCUGAAUUGUUGACACCUGUCGAGCCCACUCCUCACGACCAAUCGGCUACAGAUACACAUCUUGGCGCGAAUCAUCGCCACGUGGAACAAGGCGAUGCACGGGCUACGGUGACAAAAUAUAUCGACGUACAAUGCAAUUCACCUGCGCUUCCCUCCACAGCGUAUGGCGCUGCGCCUGCGUCGAGGCCCGUCUAUGUAUCCGCCCCUGUAUCUGCGCCCGUACCUGCUGCACCGUCAUCGAAGUCCAUAUCACCGCGGACCCGCAUUACAAUGACGCCCGACGAGAUGAAACUGGUGCUUCGCAAGCGCCACGUCGAAGGCAAGAAAUGGAAGGAAAUACUCCCGUUUCUGCCUUACGCCAGCUAUGAAAAACUCAGAGUGUGGAACUCAUAUCACUGGCAUUCUGUUCGUGCUAAACCAUCUCCACUCCGGGCUCCGUGGUCACAAAGCGAACUUGAAACCUUCGAUCGCUUACAGGGUCAGCCAUUCCUUGCCUGGAAGGAUUUCCUAGCCCAGUUUCCCAACCGAUCCAAGCCUGAGAUUGAGUUUGAGCUAAUGCGCCGUUGGGUUGGAGAUGAGGUGUGGAAUCGCGAUAGAAGUUCCGUGCCUCGCUUGAAAAAUGACGGUGGUGGCUUAAAGAGGCAUUGUGUUAACCCACAACGCCGACCAUCGAAAGAUGAUGGUUUAGAAAAGGAUGUCCGUGAUCAAGAAAGCUCAGUUACUCGCCUCGACACGCCCCGGCUCGUCAGACACCACCAGUUACUAAUUUUGACACACCCUCGGCUAGUCAGACACCAACUGUUUACUUGA